ACAGGCGCAGAUAACUGGACGGCAGAAUAACUGGACUGCAGCCCAUCAGAGCACUUAACUAAAACAAGGAAUAAACUGCAUUGGUCCUUUGAUCAAAACUCCAGGACAGAAGCUGCUAACGGCACGGCCGCUCGGCUCUGUGGUCACAAACAGAAACAGAACAAAGUGUUUCUGAGCAGUUUGGAGUUGCUGACUCGUCUCCAGCUUUCUGUGGGAUUCAUCUUGAGCUGAGCUGAGGCUGGCCCUCUGACGCGAUCACGUGACCACCAGGAAGACAAACGCGCACGCUCACGUUCACACUCCUUCCUCCAAACUUUACAAGCUUUUGCUGUUUUAUAAGAAGCAGGAGGGAGCAGGCCGCAGCCCAGUAACGUCUCCAGAGCUUAUCGGUUACAUCAGCGACGAUGGCGAACCCUCUACAGAAGCUCGUGGCGGAGAAGAAGGACAUGGUGGAGACUGUGAUGGAGGUGUUUGAGCAGGGAGCUGAAGUGGUGGCCAGCAUCGCCGGCGACCUUUUCCCUGUUUUUUCCAUCGCCGCCCCCAUCGUCAAACUGGCUCUCGACAACGUGGAGAGCAAGGAGGCCGCCUUCAUGAAGGAGCAGUUUCAGAAGGUCCGGGAGCGUCUGGAGGUGGUCUCUGAAGAGAUUCAGAGGAUCAACGAUGAGAUCAAGAAGAGCGGCAUCAACGUUGCGUAUUUUCCUGUGGAAGAAAACAUCACAAACCAGUUCAGGAAGUACAUGGACAUCCUCAACGCCAAACCCAAGUUCAGGGAGGUCAAGAAGAAGCUUUUCUUGGAGCAUUUUGCUAAAACGGAUGGAGACAAAAACCUUACCAUCCUCUACAACGCUGUAACAGGAGACAACUUCUCCGGCGAAUCUGUGCUCGAGGUCAUCCUGAACUGCGAGGAGAAAAGUCGCCGGCCGAUGGAGGACUUUUGCUCUCGGCUAAAGAACCUCUUCUGCAUUGGGCUGAUUGCGCUGCUGGGCCACGCUGCUCUGAAAGGCUAUGACGAGGAGGACGCCCUUCUGAAAGAGUGGGGCGAGAAGAUGAAGAGCGUCCAGGAUAAAAUGAACGCCGUCAUUGAAGACUGCAUUGUCAGCUUCCCCAAGCAAGCUGAGCUGGAUUCCAAACGACUGGUGAGAGACCAGGUGGACCAAACCAACCAGCAGCUAGCCGACGCUAUCAUAGAGAAGCUUAAGAAGAAGUACGACUGGGUGGGCUGGUCUGUGCGCAUAUUCAGGUCUCCUACGUCCUUGUUCGCCAACAAGAAGGAUUACCACUGCCCGACGGGGAAGAGUCGCUUCCAGGUGCCCACGUCUGACGAGAAACUGAACGUCUGGGUGUCGUACAGCGCCUCGCCCGAGCCUGUGGAUAAGAAUCGGAUCCAGCAGCUGAUCCAGGGUCAGAAGAAGUUCUCGGUGAAAGGUGUAGCAGAGACUCUGUUUGAGGAGUUGCCCGGCGACUGUGUGGUCCACACAGUGAAAACUUCCAAAGGUCUGGCCUGCUCCUGGAGCUUCAACGACGAGCUUCACUACUGGGAGGAGCACAAGAACAUCUUUGUCUGUGUUCACUCUGCUUGACGGAUUAGGUCCUGAAAAACUCAUUAAAUAGAUUCUCCAUCUUGGUCUGUGCUCAUUAGAGCUGCUGCCAUGUUACCUUACCAAUGAAAUAUUACAGGGUGUGCCUUAAUGUAGACAUAUUUAGGCUUGUGUGGAGUACGUAAGAGUGGUGAGUAUCUUACCUGCAGUAAAUGGCAGUGAGCUGAAUUUUUUUAUUUUUAUAAGGAAGUAAUUUUUAUGGAGGCGUGAAGCUAACAGCUACUUGGAGCAGGAUGCAAUCAAAGGCAUGCUUCCACAACUAGAACAGCUCCAACUCAAAACUCUUCUAGCAGUUUAAUCAAACACUACACACUAAAAACUGACGGGUUCAAAACUACCCAGUCUGUAACCUGGAUCACAUUCGAACUGGGCCAACACUAAGUUUUACCAGAACGACUUUGGCGUUACUACAAGCAGUAGCUUUGGUGGCGACUUCGUCUGACCCUCUGGGACUCGUCUUCCAUCAGCCUGUUCUAAAAACAACAAUUGCAAGACAGUAAAACCUGCUGUUCCUAUAAGCGAAGCUUCUUUUUUUCCUGUAGAGAUAAGAGGAUGUCUGCAUGAGACGACUUGCACAGAGAAACGAGCUGUGAUGAACUCGUGCACAUGUGCAGCAGCCUGCUUCGGUUGAGAAACGGCUGUUCUGUACAGAAGUGACGAUGUGUCAGCACUGGUGA